UGUGCUUUUGCGACUACAACUGUUAAAAAGUUCACACCUUUUCAAUUUUUACAGGCAUAUUCGGUCAGACUCAUCAAGAAUGUCCGAGGGUGGUUCACACACAAACUGCAUUUGCGCCCCACUUCUUGAUAGACCCGCCCGCAACUCAGAGCUGUAGCUGCUGGAUUUUAAUUUAAGCUUCGCCAGCCACACAAAACAGAGAGAAGCACAACUACUUCUUGAUUCUGAUCUGGGUUUUUGGUCUUCAUCGACAUCUCCGUUCCGUAGUUUUCUUGUGAAGGAAAAAUGGAGGCGCAGAAUAUGCGCAGACACCACAGGCACCAGGCCAGUGAGCGCCAGUGCUCUUCUACCGUUGUGAAGCACAUCAAAGCUCCUGUUGAUAUUGUUUGGUCACUGGUGAGAAGGUUCGAUCAGCCACAGAAGUACAAGCCCUUCAUUAGCCGGUGCACUGUGCAGGGUGAUCUGAAGAUUGGGAGUGUUAGAGAAGUUAAUGUGAAGUCGGGACUUCCCGCCACGACCAGCACUGAGAGGCUGGAACUGCUUGAUGACCAGAAACAUAUUCUUGGUGUCAAAUUUGUUGGUGGUGAUCACAGGCUAAAGAAUUACUCAUCGAUAAUCACUGUCCAUCCAGAGAUAAUAGACGGGAGGCCAGGAACGCUGGUUGUCGAAUCAUUUGUGGUGGACGUGCCUGAUGGGAAUACUGAAGAGGAGACAUGCUACUUUGUGAAUGCUCUGAUCAACUGCAACCUCAAGUCUCUAGCUGAUGUCUCAGAACGAAUGGCAAUGCAUGUUCCGGUUGUCGUUUGAGCAGUUGUAAUGAGAAAAAGGUUUCAAGAAAAUUCUGGUCCCUUCAUUGGCUUUAAACUAUUGUGUGGUAUUUGCUGUAUGUGCGCGCUAGUCCUGGGAGGCUGGGACCCAAAGAGUGUCUGCCUCUGCUCUUAUGAUGCACCCGGUUUUCAUUACAUUGGAAGGUGUAAGUUAGUAGAACAAGAAUGUAGGGGAUGUAAGAACCUAUGAGAGCACUUGUUGCUCCUUAGAAGGCUAUAUGUAUGUUUGGUGUAAGUAGUUUAGGCGAUACUUUUUCUAAUUACAUUUUCGUUCAUUGUUCAUAACGAUGCUUCAAGCUCGACUCAUGUUACGUAAUAUGUUUUGGCCACGAUUUUUUCCA